GUUUGCUUCCCAGGGUGGAGGGUUACACACGGGCAUUGUUGAAGCUAAGGCUGUAUGCUGACCUGGUGUAGCAGAAAUGUCGCAGCCUCAUGGGAACUACCCACCUUUCAACUUCGUUGUUCAAGAACCUGUAGGUCGCAUAAUUACUCAAGCAACGAGGCCACAUAGUGACUUCCCCAGUGCUUCGAUGUUGGCCCGUACCCUCAAUCAUGGCUCUCUUCAGGCCCACAAACUGUGCAGCAGUCCAUGCCGAGUCCGUCAAUUUCUGGGAGGUCUGCUAUGACUACUCUGGACCCAAGGUUUGCUGGUCGCAUGGGCUUUGGCCAACCCAAUCUUUCGCCACAGGACUCCAGGAUGUAUCCAAGUCUGGCACCGCUUGUUCCUCCUGGACAGAUCCCCCAGCACAACUACAACCUAUUCGCGCGUCACUUCCAAGAUGAGCCAUGGACUCCCCAUCGUGCUAUGAACGCUGGCCGUAAUUCGCAAUGUCAACCUGGUGUGAGCUAUGGGUCUUUUCGCGAUAGGCCUGGAUCCGACAUGGAGAGCCUGCCAGCUUUCUCGGACUCGGGAUAUGGUGCUUCGGGUUAUGGCUCCAUAGGUGCGAAACCUGCUCACUCUGUUAUUAGCAAUGAACCAGAAUUCACCAACCAGGAGCUGCCUGCGGAUGUCACAAUGCAGAUCGCUAAUAUGGAAGUUGAAUCGGCACGUAAUGAGGUGCCAGAGAUGAUGCGUAAACCGGCCGACCAAGUAUCUAACCACAGUCACCAAAGCGCUGUUCAGGGUAAACAUAUCAAGUGCGACUUCCCAACGUGUGACAAAGUCUUCAAAUGCAAAUCAGAUCACAAGAAGCAUAUGCUGAAGCACAACAAGCCCUAUGUAUGUGAUAUACCAGGUUGCAAGAAAAGUUCUGAAGGCUUCACCACCACCAAUGAUCUUGACCGGCACAAGAAGAGUGUUCAUCAGAUUGGCUUGCUCACUGAUGGCAAAUCCUACAAAUGUGCCUCUAAAAACUGUCGGAACAAGACGAAGCUGUGGCCGCGCCUCGACAACUUCAAGCAGCAUGUUGGCCGAAUGCACAUGGAUGAAGAUCAUGCACUUUUGAUCGAGAGUUCUGUAUAUCGCGUUGCCGAAUCUACGCCAGUUAUGAACACUCUUCCCAUGACUCCCAUGGACACUGCGCUUGCUGUUGUUGGUAUUGGGUCUGAGAAUGCGUUCACUGGGAGUCAUCUUGACGGGUUGAACUCUCCCAGUCUCACCGCAGACCCAGAAGUGGGCCGUUGCUCUUUUGGCAUGAUCACCGAUGACUUCACGAUGGAUGUCGAUCAGCAAUCCAACCAACUCAGCAGACCAUACUCUGAUACUAUAGAGCCCCGCCUUCACAACUCACAAGGACAGAUGAACGCUCAGAAUCAGCACGAAGGGCCACAAGCGCAGCAAAACUCGUUAAAGAUGCGUGUCGCAGCAGCAAAGGAUCGGGUACUACAACCAGCUCACCUGAGCAAACCCAGUUUCAAGCCGCGCUCUCGUGCACCACAGACCAAGGCUGAGCAUCAAAGAGUGGCGUCUCAGAAAGUUCUCGAGACCAUCAGUGGAGAGCUCCAGAGGCCCUCGUUACCUUCCUCAGACCCAGCACAUCUUGAAAAUCUGUUUCGACGCAUGUUGAACAAGGUCAGCGACGCAUCAAGACAUGAAAAAGACGCGUCUGCCCCACACGCUCAAGGAUCUGUUGCUGCACAAACGAUCGCCACUGAAGACGACUCAGCUAACGUUACCGAGAUAGAAGUGCUACAAGCCUUCCAAGCAAUGACGAAUCUCGUCAAGCGGGGUCAGAAAUCUACGUCCACUUCGUCACGCCAUUCUUCUCGGGGUAAUUCUUCCAAGACAAAGAAGUGCGAGGUGUGCGAGUACGAGGCCCGGCCAGGUGACUUGCGUAAGCACAUGAAGCGGCACAAGAAACCAUAUGGCUGCACAUAUCCCGAGUGCUAUAAGCGCUUUGGUGCAAAGUCAGAUUGGAAGCGGCAUGAAAAUUCGCAGCACUUCCAACUUGAAGCCUUCCGUUGUAGACAGCGAUCCUCCCCUCUCGGACCGACAUGUGGCGUACACUUCCGCGGCCCCGAACAGUUCAAGAAGCACCUCGAGACGCUGCACAAUCUGCAGUCCCUAGAGCAGUCCCAAGAGGUUAAGGCUUGUAAGAUUGGAAAGAACUGUCAAGUACAAUUCUGGUGUGGCUUCUGUGGUGAGAUCAAGCCGCUGAACAAGAAGAGGAACGAUGCCUGGGACGAGCGAUUCGAUCAUAUUGCGUACCACUUUGAGAAGGACAAAAAGAGCAUUGAUGAGUGGGUGUGUGUGGAGUUUAACAAGAAGAAGAAGGACUUGAAGGAAGAGAAGGAUCAAGCCGGGUCUGAUGAGGAUGCUGGGGAUGUCGAUGCUGUGGGUGAGGUGGAUGACAGCCUUCCACCAAGCGUUGAUGUGGAAAUUGCGUUCUCACAUGCUUCAACCCUACCGCCACAGCAGAUGUUCCAACAGAGCAACCCCAGGAAACGUUCGGUUCCUACGGAUGCGAUGCAGCCUCAAAGAUCAGCAAAAAAGGUCAAAAUUAGAGAGAAAAAUCGGUAUUGUUGUAAUUGUAAAGGUAAGUUCGGCAAGAUGGACGCUUCUUGUGCAUACUGCCCGCAUCAUGUAUGCGAAAGAUGUGAAUUUAUCGUGGAAUUGGCCGAUGUAAACGACUUGACGUGCAGAGGUUGAGAUGGUAUCCCAAGUUGUCAUGUUUUAGAUGUCUUAGGACCUGUUAUGCCCUACAAGAAAAUAGAUUUCAUACUAACUGUUAGACACGUAAAUGCAAUGACCCCCAAUCACACUCAAACUCUCA